AUGCACACCCCAGUUUCCAUGGUGAUGGGCAUCGUGUUUGCCCCUCUGGGAUUAGUCCUCGUCUUCACCGCCGCCAUCACUCCCCAGUGGAGGGAGGGGCACACCCGCCUGGGGGUGGCCGGCCCGGGGGCGGGUUCCAGAGUGGGCUCGGGGGUCAGGGGGUCGGCGGGCUCGACGGAGGCGUUGCUCCUCCUUCGCUCCGACGGCCUGUGGGAGAGCUGCCUGCAGGUGGCCGAGUCAGAGCUGAAGCAGUGCUGGCCGGUGGCGGGGUCCUACGAGAGGGACCCGCGGGUCAGGCUGGCCCAGGGCCUGGUGCUCAGCUCCCUGUUCAUGUGCGGGGCGGGCAUCGUGCUGGCCAGCGUGGGCGUGCGCUGCUGGACCGACCUCCCUCUGAGGAGCGUGGCGGCAGCCGGCGGCCUGCUGGUGGCCCUAGCGGGCCUGCUCAGUCUGACGGCCCUGGGCGUCUACACCCGCAGCCUGGGACUUCUGGGGCAGGAGGACAGGGGGCACGGGGGGGUCAGGCUGCCCCCUCUACACCUGCACCCCGGGGGAUCGCUUUAUUUUGGCUGGCUGGGAGCGUGCGUUCAGGUGCUGGGGGGAAGCGCUCUGCUGCUGAGCUUCAAGCGACCACAGUGUCCUUCCUGCCCCGGCUGCCUCACCUGCCCCUGCUGCCUCACCUGCCCCCGCCCAUGCCCACGCAGCGUCAGCAAGCAGGGCCAGGAGGUGUACGAGGUCAGCUGUUAG